AUGGAGAAGAAGUGGUGCGGGUCAGGGUCGUGUCUUGCCCCGCUCCCUUCCGAUGUCGCCAAGAAUCUCCUCAACCUUCCCUUUCGAGUUCCUGAUAUCGGCGACAUGCAAAACAAGUUCCUUGACAUCUCGACUCAUUGCAAGCAGAACGCCACCUUGAACCUGUUCAAGAUCCCUUACAGCGAAUCCAGCAUGGACGAUCAAGACCCCAAAGCCUUGGCUUCUGCAACCACACUUUCUUCUUCCGUCACAGCUCCCACUACCCGUGCAGCUCGCAACAAGCGAUCUUGGAGCGGAUGUGCGAGAUGCAAGAAACGGAGACAGAAGUGUGAUGAGCAAAGACCUGGUUGUGAGAGAUGUGCAGCCGCUAAUGUGGAUUGUGUUUAUGAGGUUAAGCUCCGAUGGGGCGGGAGAGCGUUUAAUCAGUCUAGAUUUGGAGCGUGUAUUUCUGAUGCUGAUGCGAGUAAGGAUAAGGUCAAGAAACUUGGAAGUGUGGAUAAAGGAUUUAUCUAUACGGUGAAUAGCUUUCAGGUGCAACCUCAGCCCCCGAGAGUAGUUGCACCUCCUGCUCCUGCUAUACAGGUGCCAUCACCACUUGAGCAAUCAUCAGAAGAUGCGACUUUGGAAGACUUGCCUGUGGAUGUGGGCGACUCACUGGCCUUGAUUUCAACUUCAACAGCAGACGGAAUACUACUAGACGAUUAUGACAUCGACUUCUUCCCCUUGUUUGCACCAGUGGACCCAUUCAUCAAUCUCGGAACCAUGGACCGGUCGCUCCUCGAUCACUUUAUCAAUGGAACCUCCCAUGUCAUCUCAUGUCACUCCAAAGUCCAGGAAGACGUAUGUCGAGUCAUUGUUCCUGCUGCGCUACAAAGCCCAACCCUGUUUUAUGCCACAACCGCUCUCUCAGCAAUUCAUCACAAAUCGCGACUCGGGUUCGGCAGUGACAGUUUACGUACCGAUCCUUUGAUAUCCCGGCUGUUGAGCAACAGCUUAUUCGGCCUUCAAAGCGAUUUGCUGGAAAAAGACGUCAACAAAAGCAGUGUGCUGCUGGCAACCAUCAGAACACUCUUCCUCUGCGAAGUCCACGCCGGCGGCGACCGCCCCGGGACCUGGCGCGCACACUUCGAAGGCGCAAAAGCACUCAUGCUGGACAUCGAGUCUUGGGCCGGCUACUCCUCAAAGCAACGAGACAGCACCAGAUACUUUCUCAAGCGCUGGUACAACAUGACCGAAAGCUUUGUAGCGCUCACCACCGAUGGCCUUGCCUCCGGCCAACUAGCCAGAUUCGGUCCUCGCACCCUCGAUGGCGAUGAAGAGGAAAAAGUCUACUUGGACGAAUACGCAGGUUUUGCUACCGACCUCACACCAAUCUUUCGCGAAAUUGGCGCGGCGGCAUGGGAACGCAGAAACGAUGCUCGAGCCACCAUUCUCGAGGAAGGUGAUCUAGAUGAGGAAGCAGCUUCCUUGGCUGCUUGCAUCUGGACCCGUCUGGACGAGCAAAGGUCAAAACCUCCACAGUUUAGACCUGGGGUUGAGGAACAGUUGUCCUUGCGCCAGAAAGCGGAUUUUCUGUCUUGUAAUCAGAUAUGGCAUCAUAUGGCGCUGAUAUACAUAUAUCGCCGCAUUUCCUCUCACCCAGCUACUUCUCCACCAGUACAAAGCUCUGUCAAGACUAUUCUUGGUUGUAUAGAGAGUCUUACAGCUACAGCUGGACUUACACCUUUGGUGGUCAUGACGACACCGUUAUUUGCUGCUGGCUGUGAAGCUCAAGGCAACGACCGCGAUCGAGUGAGGACUCUACUCAGCAACAUGUUUGAUCUGCUGCACAUCCCCAAUAUCCACCGCUCGCUAGAAGUACUGGAGAGCUUUUGGGCGAGCACGGAAAGAGGAGAAACACAGGACUGGGAUAGCUUUAUGCAUGAUCAGCACUGGGACUUUUUGCCUUAUUGA